AUGGACAAGAUGGCGGCCGCGAGCUGAGUGGAUCCGCGGCGUCGCUCAACAUCUGCACCGAAAAUACCGCGUAAACACCGAGCUGUGUGGGCCAUCGGGCGGCCGCUCACCCCGGGGACGGCGGCGGCAUCGUCUGUACCUGUGGUCUGUAUCUGUGCCCGCGUUAGCGCCAGCCCCCUCGCCCGCCACCCCGCCCGCCCCUAGACCGAAGGCCAUGAAGCCGCUUCAGUGAAGGAAGGAAGGACGGGCGGCCCGGCAGGAGCCACGGCCACGGCGGCACCACGCAGUGCUCUCUGCUCCCCACAUCCCCGCACACACAGGAUCUCAGCCCGCUAUCCGCCUCGACCGGGAUUUAAACUGCGACCCCGAAGGAAUAUGAAGGAAAAAGACGUCUCGCCCAAAGCUGGUGGCAAACGAGGGGAGGAAAGGCGAGGAGGCCACCACCAGCAGCCCAGGAAAAUGGGGAAUAAUCACAACAGCAUCAACAGGAACAACAAGAAUCAUGGCAAUGCCAAGAGGACUCGCAAUAUCAGCGGCAAAAGGACCAAUAACCGAGAUUACGAUGUCUAUGCCCCCAACCGGACUGCUAAUAAUUUGAGUCUGUCUUCUGCUUCUUCAAGGACUAGUAGAAAUGAGAGACAACCUGGUGAAUACAAAACUUUGAAGAUCAGCAAUUUGGGUUCCCAGUUGAGCGAUGGUGCCAUCGAGGAUGGUCUUUUCCAUGAGUUCAAGAAGUUUGGGGAUGUUAGUGUGAAAAUAUCAAGGGAUGGGGAUGAAAGGGUGGCCCUGGUGAAUUUCAGGCACUCUGAGGAUGCAAAGGCUGCCAGGCAUGCCAAGGGCAGAUUGGUGCUACACGAUCGUCCUCUAAAAAUUGAAACAGUUUAUCCUCCACCAAAGGGAAGAAGUUACUCGCCCGAGUUGGAUGGGUAUUCUGCACCCAGUGUCCAGGCCAAUCGUCAUAGACAGAGAUCUCUAUCGCCAGCUGCACUUGGGUACAGAGAACAUCGAGCUCAACAGCGUAGUUCUUUGGGCCGGCAAAUCGUGCCACCACCUCCACCACCACCUCCACCACCACCACCACCUCCCCAGAGAGACUUGGAGAGAGAACGUGAUUAUGCCUUUUAUGAAGGCCGUGGGCGAGCUGCCUAUGCACUUGAGAGAACUGCGUUCAGGGAAGAUGACAUCUUGCCAGAAGAUGACAAGCGAGCAAAUAGGACAUUGUUUAUUGGAAACCUGGAUCCUUCUGUUUCACAAAAUGAUCUUUUGCUCGCAUUUGAGAGGUUUGGAGUUAUCUUGGAGGUGGAUAUCAAAAGGCCUCCUCGAGGUCAAGGAAACUCGUAUGGCUUCUUGAAAUUUGAAAAUUUAGACAUGGCUCACAGAGCUAAGAUUGCAAUGUCUGGCAAGGUGAUUGGAAGAAAUCCCAUUAAGAUUGGUUAUGGGAAAGCAACUCCCACUACUCGCUUGUGGGUUGGUGGAUUAGGUGCCUGGGUUCCUGUAGCUGGUCUUGCAAGGGAAUUUGACCGCUUUGGUACCAUCAGAUCGAUUGACUACAGAAAAGGCGACAGCUGGGCUUACAUUCAGUAUGAAAGCCUGGAUGCUGCUCAAGCUGCUUGCACUCAGAUGCGCGGCUUUCCCUUGGGUGGACCAGAUCGGCGGCUAAGAGUUGACUUUGCUGACACUGAGCAUCGAUACCCUCAACAGUAUCUACAGGCCUUGCCUCUUCCCCAUUUUGAUUUACUUGGAGAUGGCCUCCUUCCUCGUGGUGCAGAGUGUCUGAGGGGUAGGGAAAGGAACUCUCCCCCAAUGCAUUUUCGAGAAAGGGACCUUUUUCCAGGCAAUGAUUGGCAUGUCCUGUCUGUUCGGGAAAGGAAUCGAACUAGCCAUGAACCGUUCGAGCACAUUGAUCGCGAAGUCCGGGAUAGCUGGUCUCUUGACCGUGACCGUGAACAUAUCUUGCAGACUUGGGACCAAAGAAGGAAAAGGAGAGGACCUGUGGAUGUGCGCCCGACUGAUUGCUCACCCAGUAACGAUAGGUCCAGAAAGCGUCGUUGUAUUUCACCAGAUCGCAGCCCGGGCAAUAGCAGCCGAGAUGGUGGGCGUCACAGUGACUCUGACCGUGAUGCAAAGAACGAGCGGUAUUCACCCAGCAGAGACCGGCGUAACAGCACAGAAAAAGUCUCUUGUGGCAAACAUGAGGCCAAAGCCACAAGCUUACUGGAAAAGGAGAAAGAUCGCAAGCAUAGAACUAUUGAGUGCGUGAGCCCCCUGAGGAGCAAAUCAAAGUCCGAUCUCAAUGCCAAAGCAUCUGACAACUUUCAGGAACAUGAUCGCAAACUGAACGUAGCCUGGCACGGAAUGCUGGUUCUGAAAAAUAGUUCGUUCUCCACAAACAUGCACUUCCUCGAGGGUGAUCUGAGCGUUGCAACCAACUUAUUAGUGGAUGUCUCGACUGGUGGAAAGGUAGCACAGUUAAAAAUCACUCAGCGCUUACGACUGGAUCAGCCUAAAUUGGAUGAGGUAACAAGACGCAUCAAAGCAUCUGGCACCAAUGGUUAUUGUGUGCUAUUGGCCGUACCAGCUUUAAACAGCAUGGAAAAUGUGGAAGGAAUGUCCUCUGGCCUAGAGCAAGCCACUUCACCACAGCGACCACUGAGGAACUUGGUGUCCUACCUAAAACAAAAGCAGGCUGCUGGAGUCAUCAGCCUGCCUGUUGGAGGCAGCAAAGAGAAGGACCACACAGGUGUGCUCCAUGCUUUCCCUCCAUGUGAUUUUUCUCAACAGUAUCUGCAAACCUCUGCUCGAGCCCUGGCCAAAUCUGAAGAAGACUGUCUAGUUAUAAUAAUUGUACGUGGUGCAGCUUAGAAUUGAGAUUGUACUGUUUGAUGUGGUUGUGUAUUGUGAUAUGUAUGGGAUACAAAGGGGUAAAACUCAACAAACUGCAAAACGUGAAAGAGCUGGCAGACACUUUGUAAAAAGAAGGAACUGCAGAUGCUGGUUAGUACACAUAAGGGCACAAAGUGCUGGAGUAACUCAUCAGGUUAGGCAGCAUCUCUGGAGAGCAUGGAUGGGUAACGUCCCGACCCGAAACAUCACCUAUCCACGUUCUCUAGACAUGCAGCCUGACCUGCUGAAUUACUCCAGUGCUUUGUUUCCUUUUGUCAGACACGAACCACAUUGUUCUCAAAAGGAUCUAUCUUCCUACUGCAGAACUACCAACUGGCUCAACAGCCUUGCAUCUGUUACAGGGUCUGUACCCAGUUGAUUGUACAGUAGUUAGUUAUGUGAAAUUCUUCGCCCUCCCUCAGCAUAUGCUCACCUAAUACCAAAUAUGGCCACUUCUAUAAUGGGCUUAUGGCCACGUACGUGUCUUUAAGUCAAAUAGCCCACACAUUUUUUAUUCACCACCCACCUUGCCUUUUCCUUUUAAUUAAAUAAAAAGGAUUGCAUCCUUAAAUUCGGUCCUUUUACCCUUAUUCUUAUUUUAUUUCAACCUCCAGUAUCCAGUACUAUUUAAAUACACAAUCUCUCAGUAUUGAACAAAAGCCGUGAAUUGUAUAAAGCUUGAAUGCUUCCUGCAUUGUUUAAGGUAACGCAUACCUGUCAGUGCUGGAAGCCAGUGGUUGUUUCUUCAAGCAGAUUAUAUUAUUGGAAACACAGAGUCCCAAGAGUCAUACUUAACAUUAUUACUGAAAUCUUUAUUGAAGGGCAAAACAUUUGUUCAAAAUCUAGUAAUUUUCUGGUUUUGUAAAUGAGGUAACUGAUAUUGGAGUACAGACACCUUGCAAACUGUUAUAUGUAAUGUGCUGUAAACAUUGUAGGCAGUUUUUUUUUUUUGCACUUAAUAUCUUUUGGACACCAUUAAUUCUCAAACACUGAAACAUCAUUUUUUGCCUUUUGCCAAAUGAUUUGGAAAAUCUUUUUUAAUCAUAUGGAUCUCAGUCCAAAGGCUGCAAAGGUGUUUAUUAAUAUUUAACAUGCCCAAAGAGAGUAACUUAAGCGUUUCCAACUACCGAGUGGGCAAUAAAGAGAACUUUUGGGCCAUGUGUUAAGGCAAUGAUGGAUUAAAUACCACAAAUCCUGGGUUUAACAAAAAUGUGUGACUUUCUGAAAAUAUGCCUGCCUGUAUACUUGUUCUGUGGAGGGUUGUUUUGGGAGUGGGUGGGGUGGGGGGGUGAAUGCUCAUUCAGUAUGAGCAUUUACAUAGGUCUUUUACCAACCCAGAAAUUGUCAGCACCUUUUAUACAUUGUGCUGUUUGCAGCAUCAAUGAUAUGAGAGCUUGACAGGCAUCAUAAUAUGUUUUAUACAUUUUGUUUUCCCAUUAAUCUGGGUUUUGUGAGAUAUGAUCAAAUCUAAUUCAACAUGGGGAAGAAAAAAAACUGAAGCUAACACCUUGACAGAUUUAUUCCCUGGAAUCUAUAAACAAAGUGCUGCUCAUCACUUGAGAUGAUGUGAAAGAAAUUUUAGGUGAGAUUUGCACACUGUCUGGAUUUGCAGGUUUUGAUGCUACAUAUCUAUGUACAGUUGGACAUUGUCAUUUGUGUUUAAGAAACAAAACCAGCGCUUCCAUUCUUGUGUGGCAGUCAGUUAAUAAUUUGCCGCAAAACAGGCAACUAUUUCAUUUGCUGUGUUUCUUGCCCCAAUGAGAGGCUGUUUGAACAAGUAUACAGGCAUGAAAUGUGAUAUAAACAUUAUUUCAAAUGAAAAAAUGUAAAUGUAUGCCAGUGCACACUGACUAAUACAAAUAAAUUGCAAAAUUGUGGGAAUCUCACCAAACCAGAGAAGGCUUUAAACGCUCAGCAGUUCAGUCAAUGUGAUGUGAACAAAUGGUUAAUUUAGGAUCUCACAGACGGUUAUUGAGUAAAAUACCAAGUGCUGGAGUAACUCAGCAGGUCAGGCAGCAUUUCGGAGGGAAUGGACAGGCGAUGUUUUGGGUCAAGCGCUUUUUUUCAGGUCCCGACCCAAAACGUCUGUCCAUUUCCUCCACAGAUGCUGUCUGACCCAGUGAGUUCCUUCAGUAAUUUGUGUUUUACUUAAGAUUCCAGCAUCCCCAGUCAUUUGUGCCUCCACAGAUUUUUACUGCUCUGCUUACUUGACAUUUUUAUCACUCUUUCCAGAUUUAUGGGAGAAAAAAAUCCCUUUCCCAGUUCCCUAAACUUUCACAUAAAAGCGCUGAGAAUCAGUGCUUGCCCUCACAAAGAUUGCUUUAGUUUGCAGGGUUAAACUGUGUAGUUUAUUUUUUACAGUUCUGUUCUCAAGGACUUGGGAUUGGAUGUGGCCACUGCUUUACAUUUCUUUUGAAAAAAAGAACACUGCUUUCCUGUGCUCUUUUUGCCUGUUUUUUGUUCAAUCUGCAGAUCUAGCUGCUGUGACUGAAACGUCGUUUCUUCCCUGGGGUAAAUUUUAAAUGGGUUUUGUAAAAAAAAAAAGGAUAUGGGUGUUAUUAGUAAGGAUGCCAAUAAUUAUUUCUCCCUAUUAGCCGUGAGAAGAUCCUUCUCCUUCACCAGCUGAACUCUCACUGUGCCGUUGGAGCUCAUGCUGGGAGCAGGUGCUUACUCCUGACCUCUGCUCGAGGAUUGAAUGGCACAGCUCCUCUGAGAGAUUGCUAUUGGGAUCUUUGGAGCUGUGAAUGGGAACAUUCAAAGGAGGGAAGAAAAUAAAGGGAAAUGCAUUGCAAAACAAUCCCUCUACCACAUCCCACAUCCCUUGUGUAUGGGUAAAUGGAAAUGCUUGAGAGGGUUUUUUUAUAAGAAAUCUCUAGCCCAUUUUAAUGCAGCAAUUUUUGCUGUGUGCCGCACAAUCCAAGGAGUAAUUUUAUCUUUGUUCUGUUAUAACAGUCCUUUUCUAAUGAUAGUUUCAAUUCGGCAACGUAAAUUAUGUGAAACAAUAAGACGACCGCUGGACAAACUCAACAGGUCAAGUAGCAUCUGUGGUGGUGGGGGGGAGGGAGGAGGAGGAAUUAACAUUCCGGGAUUAAUACCGGUGUGGGAUUCUGACCGGAAAUGUUAAUUGCAGCAUUCUUUGUUUUGCUCCUGAUUCCAGCAUCUUGUGCAGUCUUGUGUCUAAUUAGGUGGAAGCAUGUACAUACUAACAUGUUGCCAACAAAUUCCGCCAAGAGUGAUGACAAAAAACUUUUAAAAAACUGAAAUUUAGGGACACUUUUUGUGCUUAAAGCUCAAUGGGUACUUUUGCCAUCUUUGUAUGGUACUUUGGAGAAUGGAAAAUAUGCACAAACUAGGUAUGUCUGAACUGCCGAGCUUUGAUUGUCUAAUUAAAUUGGCAUGGGGAUUAAUUUAUGAAAGGCAGUCUGUGUGCACUAUUAUUUUGAAUAAUUUUAAGCAGUGAAAUGGAAACAAAAGUAGUUUUAGUUGAAUGAUUUAAUCACAAUCAUAACAUGGACAAUUGGAAAGUUGCCUCAUGGUCUAGGUGCACAAAAUGUGCAAUUAUUUUGCAAGUUAGAUUAUCUUCUAUGUCUAAUGAUAACUUGAACAUAUUUGGACAAUAGAGUUAAGCCCAGUAUAGAGUCAGAUGAGUGUUAAUGUUGGCUUUCUAAAAAAAAUGACGAUGUAUCAAGUUUAGAGCUCCUUUCAGUAAAGAUUUUCUAAUUUGCUUCAAACCCCUGUAGAUUUACUGGGCAAUUUCCUAGGUUUGCUUACACUGGUGUCUAAUAUACCAGUUUGGAAAGACAGUCGUAUUCCAAUUGUAAGCUUAGUUUUAAACUCUCAAAUGUAGGCUUAGUUUUAAAAGUUGGGUAUUAUCCUCAUUGCCCUUGGCUUGCUUAGUCUUUGCCUGCUUCUUCCACUCAUCUGUAAUUGUGAAGAGAAGCAGCCAGCUCAUUCUUCUUCAGGCUUGAUUGUUGCCACUGUAACCAGAUACUCAAAAAGUCCAGAAUAGCUAGUGUUAUCAGUAUUUUCCUUGUUUUCCUCUGCAUAAUGUUGUUGAUCCACUUUUUUUUCCUCUUUCUGCCCCCUACCCCCAACCUGAUCCUUUUACAGAAAUGAGCUAAACUGUAGGCAGCCCGAUGUGGUGUCACUGCCCAGUGUAGCAUGUUCAGAUUUAACUGUUCAUUGCUGGAAGUGUAAUGUUCCAGCAGAGGCAGGUGACCUUUUGGAGACUUGCUACACAGUGUUUAGCCAUUGUGCUGCUGCAGCCCGUUGAUUUGGUUGGAGGACCAGUAUGAAUUGGGUAUGUUUUAAAUUACCUGUGAUUGAGCCAGUUAGUCUUGGACACAACUAUCAAUAUAAACAUUUUAUAACAUUUCUCAAAGUCCAACACGUUAUUCUCUUUCCAUUUCCUGACAGCCAUGGCACACACUAUUUUCGUGCAGAUAUCCCCAAUAUGCAAAUAAGUGGUCUUAAUUUUGUUUUUCAAUCUGUAAAUGGAACCAGUGUUAGAUUUUGAUUGUAAAUGAAAAUGAAGAAGAGUUACUGAAGGCAAGUCUGCAGACUCGCUUUUGAAAGCUUUGCUUGGGGGCUAUUUAACAUAGGACUUUUAUCUUGGAGAAAAAUAUCAGCUUUUACACCAUGUCUUUGACAACUCUGCAUCAAAGCAUUUGUUUAAGAAAGCUAGGGUCUUAUGGGUGCCUUAGUAAGAACCAGUUAUUCAGUAGCAUGCCAACAGAAUUUCUUUAGUGAUGUUUUUUUUUGUUGAGGCUAUAUGUACAAUUACUGUAUUAUUGUUAGUUAUGUAGAAGCUGCUGUUGCAUGUUUUUGUCUAAUUUGAUAUUUCUUUCCUGCAAAAUUCAAUGACAAUGUUUGAAUGACAAACCUGAGGAGGAGACUUCCGCUGGAAUUUCGUACAAGCUGAAGACGAUAUUUGUGUGAAGUAAAAUGGCCUUUUGCAGGGGGAAAUUUCUGUUGUUUGUUUUUAAAGAGCUGGAAUGGCAGCUUGAAAAAUAUAUAAAAAAGUUCCUGUAUCUUCUAAUGUGAAACCAGGUCCUGUGUUUUGAGGGGAAAAUGAUCUGCUGCUGUGUGCUGUUUAUAACUGAUUACUGGGGGAAAAAGGAAAAGCUAUUCGGGCUCAACCAACUGAAUACUGGCGUUCACAGACACACGUGCGUUGAGCUGAUUAUGUUGUCAACCAAAAUCAAUAAAAUGUGUUUUCUUUUGAGGAAAAAAA